GAUAGAAAGAAUGCUAUGGAAUCAUGUGCAUGUGGCUGGUCACUAAUUUUUAGCCUAUUCCACAGACUCCUGAGCUCAGAUACAAAUUUGAAUCUGGCUGGCCUUAGCCAAAUGGAAGUUAUGAAUCUCCAGGAUGUAAAAAUUGUAGAUGAUUGCUGUGCUCAAUUACAGCAACUGAAGGUGUGGCUCAAAUAUGGUUUUGACAGCAAUACAAUUAGAAGGUCAUGACUUAAAAGUAAGUCUAAAACCCAAUAAUCUGGUCCUCCACCUGGCACUGUAGGCAAUUCCUUUCUUUAACCAUCAGCCAAAAUAAUACAUGGUACAUAACAAAAUAAAGGUAACUGAAGUGCUGAGGAGCUGGUCUUUUCUACUUCAUUUAAUACUGUGAGGGCUUUUUGCCUCCUCCUGGAAGCAGGUGUUCCUCACAGGUCCAGAGGAAAAGACAGCUUUCAUGCAACUGUGGUGAUACACUGAUGAGAUGGCUAAUAAUGGAGCUUGCAGUUGUGAUGCCAAAGUGAUGCCUGAAUGGCUGGUCAUGGAAAGGCACAGGAGGAGGCUGAGAGUCCAUGUUGCUGGCUGCCUCCUGCUCUGCCUUCAUGUUGCUCCUGUGUGAACGCAAGGCUAGCGCAGCACUGAGCACCCACAGUUUUCCCGUAGGGAAUGAUGCCAGUAAACCAGGUAAUGGUUGGUAGCCCAGAGCAUGCUGCUGUUCUCUGGCUUCAUGAGUGUGCUGAGAUCUCAAAGGUUUUUUUGCCAGGAAAAGGUUAAAUUGUUCCGGAGUUUUAUCCUUUUGUCUAGGACCUUCCUGGCGUCCUUAAAUUGGAUAUUUCCAUGUUCUCUGAUCUUACAUCCUAAGGGUGCUGUGGGCUGGCAAUACCUCCUGUCCUGUCCAUUACCCUCUGGAUCACUUUAUGCAGCACAGUCAACAUUUGAGACCAGCUGGCAGCCCAACUGCAUUGUCUGUUUAACUGCAGGAAACCAUCCUUUAUCCCCCUCUGAAUCCUGAUGGAGUAAUGAUGACAGAUAAUUGAUUGAAUGCUUUUUCCUUUCUUUUGUUUAAUUCCUCUCUUUGAGCAGGCUCCCCAGAUACACAAAUAAAAUCCUUAAUUAAAAUUUGUGGAUUAAUUAAUAGAACAACAGAUCUUUUUCUUUUCCUGUUGCCACAAUAUCACAGAGAGUUUCUCUGCUUUUUACUUGUGCUCCCCUGUCAAACAUUUUCAGCUGUCAAAAUGGGCAACAUCUUUGUCGUCAGUUUGUCGGUUGCAGACCUUGUAGUUGCAGUUUAUCCAUACCCUCUGAUCUUGAGUGCCAUUUUCCACAAUGGAUGGACCAUGGGAAAUGUCCACUGCCAGAUAAGUGGGUUCCUGAUGGGCUUAAGUGUCAUUGGAUCCAUUUUCAACAUCACAGCGAUUGCAAUCAACCGCUACUGCUACAUCUGUCACAGCCUUCGGUAUGAUAAGCUUUUCAACCUGAAGAACACCUUCUGCUAUCUCUGCUUGACCUGGAUACUCACAGUGGUGGCAAUUGUGCCAAACUUCUUUGUUGGCUCUUUGCAGUAUGACCCCCGGAUUUACUCCUGCACCUUUGCACAGACAGUGAGUACAUCAUACACCAUCGCAGUGGUGGUGGUUCACUUCAUCGUCCCACUGUCCAUCGUGACAUUUUGCUACCUGCGGAUCUGGAUUUUGGUGAUUCAAGUCAAACACCGGGUGAGACAAGAUUGCAAGCAGAAGCUCAGAGCAGCUGACAUCCGGAAUUUCUUGACUAUGUUUGUAGUUUUUGUCCUUUUUGCUGUGUGCUGGGGACCAUUAAAUUUUAUUGGCCUUGCUGUUUCAAUUAAUCCUUCACAUGUGCAGCCACAUAUUCCAGAAUGGCUUUUUGUCCUGAGCUAUUUUAUGGCCUAUUUUAACAGCUGCCUUAAUGCUGUGAUUUAUGGUCUUCUUAACCAGAAUUUCCGGAGGGAAUACAAGAGGAUACUGCUGACACUCUGGACUCCCAGGUUUCUGUUCAUCGAUCUGUCCAAGGGUGGGACAGAAGGGAUGAAAAGCAAGCCAUCUCCAGCUGUAACAAACAACAACCAAGCUGAAAUGCAUUUAUGAGUCAGAACAGUACUAUUUAUUCUGGAUUACAGUUGUAUAUAUAAUAUAAAAGAGCCUUUCUAUGUGUGCAUUUCACAGCUGGUGUUGCUGGGCCCCUCAUGCAAGGAAGGAGUCUGCUUCUCAUAUGAGGAAGGGGUCUUCUACCUUUCAUGUUUAGCUUAUUGCUGCAAGAUCAAGGCUUUGAAUAAUUUUCAGAAUGGAAAUGACUGAUCUUUAUUUAUUUUUUUUAAUAUACCAUCUUUCACCAUGUGCCUAUCUAAUAGGUUUGGUUGCUUUUGCCACAAGCAUUCAGUAUGCAUGGAGAAAUGCAGUUAUGCUUGAAAUGCAAUCUUCAAGAGCUGGCAAAAUUGCUGUGUAUUACAAACAAACCUGUCUCCCCUCACUCUGAAUUCUAUUUUUUUAGCAUUAACAUGACUCAAACUAUAGCAAAUAAAGUGGAAUCUGCGUGGCUCUUCACCUUUUCAGUUAGGUACCAGUAGCAGCCAGCAGGCAUACAUAUGGGCAUGAUGAUGUCCAGUGUGUGUGCAUUAGUUUUGCUUUUUCUUUUCUUAUAAGGUUUAGAAGCUAGCCUGUGCCAGAUGUGAGGCAGGCAAAAGCCAGACCUAGCGAAUGUCUGAUGCACUCAUUUUAAUUGCAUAUCUACAGGUAUUAAGUACCCUUGCACUCUCCUUCUCAGGCCAUGAGUAAGAGUAUAAUAUAUGACAUAAUCUAAUUGCAGGAAGAUACUUGGAGCCUGAUUCCAAUUUAGGCAGUAUCCUCUCAUGGCCAGCAUUCAUUUCAAAUGUAUUUCAGAAGCCCCUGAUACAUGAACAUCAUACAAAAGAUGAGCAUAAGAGUCCCACCUGUUUAAUGCAGAUGACGGCAUUUAAGUUCCAGUAAUAUUUACACUUGCAGACAAAGGGAAAAAGGGAAAGAAGAGUUUCUUCCAACCACCUCUCCUUUUCCUAACCACAGAACAUGAAUUUGACAGGGGGAGAAAAGCAGUGGAGAUUUUUUUUUCCAUUUUAUUCAUGUACAAAGCUCUAAUGCAAGGAGCUGCGAGAGGAAAGCUACUUACGCAUAUUCAUGCAUCAGUUCUCAGUUAAAGCCUGAACUCUGUUAUUUAUGUCAUUGGAAACAAUGUUCUUAAGUGCUGGGAAGGCCAGUAUCAUGUUAGAAACAAGCACACGGGCAAAGAUAAGGCUGUUUCUUUAACAGAGUAUGUGUGUGGGGUGAUGGCAGCUGUCUGUAAAUAUGACUACGUCUUUUUCCCUUAGCUUCAAUGUGAUUUCAUCUCUUUAUGGUUUAAAACAUGUGGAUCCUGCUUUGAAACAGUCCCAUAAAAUCAACA